GCGGUGGGUGUGUCUAAUCGCGUGUGGUUUCAUUCAUAACUACAGUCUUCAUUUGAAGCCCAAAUUAAAGUAUGCAGACGGGGCAGGCUGCCUGUGGACCGUCGCUUCAAACGGAGUCUACAGCCGGGCUGAGAGCAGACGACGCAGAGAUGUGGGACAGUCCUGAUCGGCGGGUUUUCGAAGGAGAGAGGAAGAUGCUGCUGAUGCUGAUGCUGAGGCUGCUGCUGCUGAGCGCCGCCGCCGGCUGCAGCGGCUCGCUGUAGUCAGUCUGCACAGCGGAGGGAAGCUGCUCCAACACCGCCUGCAUAGACCGGUUCACACACGCUGACCUGGACCAUGAGCAAUGAUUUGCCUGUUCUGACAAGUCUGACUGAGAACUCCACUGAUGUGCCUGUGUCGGCGGGCCAGGUGGACAACUAUGUGCUGCUGUUGGUGCUGCUGAGUGUUUUUGCCGGGGGGACGCUGGUCCUGCUCUCCCUGCUGCUCCUCUUCUGCCACCGCUGCUGCAUGGGUGGACGACGCUACUCCAGAGCGAGCGAUGACCCUGAGAAGACAAACACCACUUAUGCUGAGGAUUCUCAGCCCACCCAAGAGAUCACCAUUCAUCUGGAUGAAUCAGACGCUCUCUCAGCUGCGAGCUGUCACGAUGGAGAGACAGAACGAUUUGUCUCCACUGGGUCUACGGGCCGCAGAGUCUCCUUCAAUGAAUCUGCACUUUACGAACUGGAGAAGACGACCCAGGACAAAGGACGCAGGUACACCCUGACUGAGGGGGACUUCCACCACCUGAAAAAGGCCCGGCUGACCCACCUUCACCUGCCUCCGGCCCCCUGUGACCUGAAGAUCCUCACCAUCAUGGAGUGUGACUCAACAGAGAGCAGCACCGUCAACAUCAAUGAGACAACAGCUCCCAAACUGCCCCUCACCAUCUACCAGCUCCCUGAGAGAAGAGUCCCCGACUGGGUGGGACAGAGCCUCAGUGGAGGUCUUCCUGGGGACCCGCACCACUCCACCAUCCUGGACCAGGGCACCAGACAGACAUCGUCAGCCAUGAAAGUACAGCGCACACGGUCCCAGACAAUGGAGGCUAUCGGGGACAGGGGAGAGGCUGAGAGCGAAAGGGGGAUGAGAGGAGAGUUGACUCAAGCUCCGGGCCAGACUUUAGUUCUACAUUUCUUCUCUAAACUGCGGCGCCAUGCCAGUCUGGAGGGGGCAGGGCCUUACUUCAGAAGGUGGAAGUUUGACAGCAGUCACCGGGCUGCCAGCCUGGAUGCCAAAGGGUCCCCCAAGAGAAGGCCCUUCCAGAGACAGAGAGCAGCAAGUGAAACCACUGAUCACAGCGAAGACGACUCUUUGUCUCUCCGAGAUGACGUCAUUGACUCUUUCCCACAGUCCCCCAUCCAGACCAGUGGCCUCCAGUCCCUCUCUGCAGAGUCUCUGUCCCACGCCGACACUGCACCCACGUCCUCAGUCUUCCUCAGCAGGUUAAAAGUAGAGGCCACGGUGGAGGUAGGUGGUAGCAGCACCGAUGCCAGAAAAGAGGAUCUCUAUUCGCCAUCGAAUGAUUGUCGCUCCCAGAAACAUGAGGAGGCCACAGCCAAUGGGACGGGGGUAGAAAAACAAACAAAGUUUGAUGCAGUUAUAAGAACAAAAGCAGCGGGAGUCGAGCUGGAAGCGGUAGAAGAUGACGACUUGUUUGGAGCGCAACAAAGAGAUGCCGUACAGGAGAGGUCUAAAGACAUGACAAGGACAACUAAAGACGCCAAUACAUCAGAUGUGAGGAAAAAGAGCGAGGCAGAGGCAGAUGACGGAGAUGAGGGAGUGUUGGGGGCUGAGGCCAGACGAAGGGCCGACUCAGGCUCAUCCCUUUCAUCCAUGAAUCGCCAGGGGAGUUUGGAGGCUCCCCCCUCCCUGUACAGAGACAUUUGGAGCUUGCGAGCCUCUCUGGAGCAAUACGCCUCCUCAGACCAGAGCAGCACCGAUCGGGAGUCCAUCCGCAGCGACGCCGACAGCUCUUCAUCUUUCGAUGGUGCCGGAGCUCGCUCUGGCCUGGACAGCUGCUUCAGGUCCCAAGACCUGGACGAUGAGCCGGAAGAAGGGGAGGGAGAGGUGUUGGAGGGAGGGACCAGAGGGGCUUCAGGUGGGGACGGUGAGAUGGGAAGUGGAGCUGGAGGAGAGGGUGAGCCAGGCAACCGUAAGCUCCUCCAGAUGGACAGCGGCUACGCCUCCAUCGAAGCACCAUCCAGGGCCCCGGAGGAAAUGAGGCUUUUUGGGACUCCCGGAGCUCCUAGAGUGAAGACGGCGUCCGAGAGAAGGCUGUUCUUCACCAGCUCUGGGAGGAAAGGUUCGGUGUGCGAGAGCAUCAAGGCCAGGCUGUUUCAGGAGGAGCUGGAGGAUGAGAUGGCGGACAGCACGGAGGAGAAACUUAGGGAGAGAUCUCAAACUGGCAGCCAGUCUCUUACCCUUCAAGAACCACACGAGCCUCUGAAGUCCCUUCAUCCUCAGAAACCUCCAGAAUCACAAUCCCAGCUGAUGUCUCCGCUGAUGAAGCCAAUCCCACAGCCAUCGAGUCCUCACAAAACCCGUCUCCGCCGCCGCGACUACAGCAUCGACGAGAAGACGGACGCUCUUUUCAACGAGUUCCUCCGGCACGAUCCCCGAUUCGACCAGCAGGAUUCUCCGCUGCGCUCCAGGCACCGAUCCAGAGUUCACCUCCGGAAACAGUGGCAGAGACACAAGCAAUACAGCGACCCAGGGUCAGGCGCCGGGGGUAGGUACUCCCCAUCUUUGGAGAGGCAGAGGUUCACUCCGCUGCGGAGAGGCGACAGCGCCAGUUACCCUCUGGACACCAGGUAUCACAGCACGCUCUCACGCAUCGCGAGCGCUGCCGACGAAGAAGCCAGCGAGGUCGCGGCUUGUGAGGAAGCAACCAAAGAGAGCACAGAGGACAAAGACCCGUCAAGUGAAGGCGCCGCGAGGGACGCCACAGAAAGCAGGCCUACAGCCGACACAACCUCUGAAGGCACUGAUGCAACGAAGAGUUGUGCAGAGUCGACCGAUGAAGGUAAUGGCUGCCAGGCCUCUGCGAAAAAGGACGCAGAAAGCACAACUAGCCAGUCUUUGACCACUGUGACUACGCAGAUGAUCCACAUGGAUCCGAGAGCCAACAACAGAAACAACAACAGCAGUCAAGCUAUUCUAACAGAGAGCAGCCUGACAGACAAGCUGGUCGCGUCGGUGGAAGAGAGGCUCUACGGCGGCCUGCGCAGUGCAGAGAAGCUCGGCCAGGCAGGAACGGAGCACGUGGUUACUCACGCAGCCUCGCCUGGCUUCCACUCCAUAUAACCUGAUAACAAUCUGCAACUUUAUUUCAGAUCCAUUAUCUAUAAUCGACAGACAGAAACACUGGUUCAUAGAACGUCAAACAUCAUCAUGUGCUAGAUACUUGGUCAAUCUUUGUGUCCCUUACAUUUAUUUCAAAAUAAACAUAGCCUAACCGAUGCAUCAAAACACAAGAUAUAUCCUAAAGGAAAGAAGUACCUUCUUUCUUGAUGGCCAGUCUCAUCCAACAUUUCCAUUUAGACCUUAAUUUCCACUGUGACGCCAUGUGACACGUGAUGACCUUCCCCCCCCCCUUUUUUUUUUAUUGGUAACCAUUCUUAAAAUCAAAUGCAUUCAUUACAUUGCUUUGAAAAUAUAGACCCAUCUUUAGAAAUGAAAUAUUUUCAGACUUAACUGUGAAUUUUCAGCAUGCUACUGUAUGUCCAAACAAUGUGUAUGUGAAUACUGUACAGUUUUAACUUUAAAACAAAAAGCACUUUGAUGGGAAGAAAGAUAAUUGAGUUUCUGUCACCCAUUUCUCUCAUUUUAAAACUAUAUCCUCCUCAAGUGUCCUUGUCUCAAUCACCACGAGUGUAAAUCUCCAUGAAAGCUUGUGGUUUCUGUAUUUGGCAAUAGGAAGAACACUGACCAUGUAAAAAGAAGAAAAAAAAAAAAAGUUCUUCAGUGCUCGCAGCCCGCUCUCAUUAACACCAUAAAAGCAGAUCUGGAGAAUGCACACACUAGGCCUAUUAAGUGAAAACAGAUGGGAUGCCCAGACUAUACAGCCAACACAACGGUUGAAAAUAUGUGAAUCAAGAAUUCAUUUAAACUCAUAUUUCAUUUAUUUUCAGAGGAUUUUGUUAGUCAUUUGUCCCAAUUAUUCAUCAUUAUUAAGGAGGCGGUAUCCAGGAGCUUCCGUGGGCUCGAGCAAAGGAGUUUUGUAUCACUGCUGGGACUCUGCUGAGGGGCAGACUGACUGGGGAUACUGAAGUGACUGACACAGGAGCCUCUCAGGCUUUUAAACAGAUGGUCCAAUGACAGAGUUGAGGCUGUGAAAGUUGAAACUAAAAAGCAGCGGCAUGGGAUAUACUUACUCUGUAUUACCAAAUAAAAGAUAAGUCUGAUAAUA